AUGUCGACUGGAGCGCCGACAGAAGCGCUGGCCGCUUUUGAGCCGUUCGUACAAUGGAUUUUGUCUGCAACAACAACGGACUUGUCCUCUCUGCCUGGACAGUUUUUGUCAGGUUCUGUGGUCGACGAUGGUGCUGAUUACGUGCAUGACGCUGAUACUCCUGACACGACACCAAAAGGCCGGCAAUCGUUUAAUGAGGCAUGCGAUGCUCGACUUGCGCUAGCCGAAGCUGAAAGUGAGUAUGAAACAGCAUGGGAUCAGCUGUCCUAUGCUAGGAGAAACUUAGAGAUGCUGGGUGAAGAGCUAGUGGCUUAUCAUGACGAGCGCAACGAAACUUUUAAAUACAUAGCUCUUUUGGAGCGACGGAUCAUGAAGCUGCUGCAAGACCGCGAUUUGGCCAUUGGAGAGACUUACACAACUGAAAAACUGAUUCAAGACGCUCUAUUUUUCAAGGCAAAGCAGCUAGAACGUCAAAAGCUUCAAGCUGAAGAGCAGAGAAAAGUGCGGGUUGCUUCAGCCUUGCGCAAAUUGCUGCUACAUCGAAGCGGUGACGAAAGUGGCAACAGCAGUAGCGAUUCCCCGACUGCGACUUUAUCACUAAGUUACACUGAAAAGGAUGUUCAACGUCUUCACAAAGAGCUAGCAGAUUCGAAAGUAGCAGCUGCCACAGCAAAAGCUGAACAAGAAGAGCGACGUCAUGCCAAGCGUCGGGCGGAGCGCCGGUGCGUUGAGUUAAAGCUGGCACUUGCUCAAAUUAGCGCUGAAGAAGACGACCUGCGAACCUCUUUGUAUCAAUUGACUCGAGCACGCCGUAAUUCUGUAGGCCACUUGCAACAAAUAUCGCUCUUUUCGUCUGCCGCGCUGCCGCUGGAGACCCCACCAGCGCCAACUGCAGGAAAUUAUAUACAUCACACAAAUCAGAAGCCCAUGGUCUUUAACGAUGACUCGGACGAGGAGCAGCAAAACCCUGGGGCAUUGAUGUGGUUAGAGGGUGACUCACUCGCACCACCUUGCCAGAGUGACCACGAUAUUGUGUCUAAAAUUGUUGAGUUUGCUCGUGUAACCCCUGCUGACGUCCUAUUUGACUUGGGCUGCGGUGACGGCCGAAUUUGUAUUGAAGCUGCCAAACGCUACGGUGCACGCGCUCGUGGCGUGGAGAUUGAAGAAUUCUUGAUAAUGCGCUUUCGCGAGCUAAUUGCAGCAAAUAAUUUACAACAGCUCGUGAGUGUAUCGCAUGGUGACCUGCUGGAGGAGGAUCUGUCCGAAGCUACGGUCAUUGUCACGUAUCUGCUGCCCGACGCGCUCGACCAACUUAGACCAAAGUUCAUCAAGCUUUUAGAUCAGUCCUCCAAGGACGACCAUACAAAAAUGUGCCUCUUUUUAUUUACAGAAGUCGCGGUCAAUCUCGCACGUCCAGAUAAAGAGGGUAACUAG